UAUGGAGGGGAAGGCGGGUGCGGUGUGCUUGCGGUCGCUGCUUUGGGACCACUCCCGUGAUUUCUCGGUCGUCUUUGUCGCUGGAAUGGGGAAGACACGCCGUGUCCUCCUGCUGGGAGGCCGUAUGCCACGUGUAGGCUGACGAGGUAUCCCUGCAGUCCUGCAGUUUCUUGGGGGCUCAGUGGUCUGGGAAGGAAAGGCCUGUCCAGCGCCGGGUGGGACCUGGUUCAGAAAGGGGCGUGUCCUGCAGCCUAAUGCUGCUUCUUGCUGCUCAGGGGUCUUGUCUGUGUGUUUUCGGGACUGCUGUGUUUCUGAGUGUGGUUCUUGAAACCAGCACCAAAUGCGCCGUGUGCUUGGACUGCACCCUCACUGCGAACUCUGUGCCUGUGGCUGCUGUGGCCGGCAGGUGGUGGGUCCCUGAUGAACCUCACUGGAAGGAGGGGAGACAGGAGUGCUUGGGGAGGACGGCAGGGAGAGGCAAGGACAGGUAAAAGCCUGGAGUGUGAGGUGCACGUGGGUCGGGGAGGAGAACAGGCCCACGUGAUCCUUCCACAUCUGCAAGAGCAGCGUGGGUGCCCACGCAGGGCUGGGGGCCACGGGGAAUCAGGGCGAGCAGAUUCAGGACUGUGUCUGCCCAGUUCAUGCCCCACACGUGUCGUCACUAACACAGGGCUGUCUUUCUCCCGAGGAGGAGUGGUGUCCACAGACAGAUUUCUCGAGGCUGGCUAGUUCCCCAAAACAUAUACUCACCUGAUACUCUGGUGUUUCUUCUAUCCCUGUACAUGGGAGUCCUCGCUCUGGGACAGAGCGGGGCAGUGUGGGUGUCCCCGCCCGGGGCUGUGCGCGUGUCCUCGCCCUGGGCUGUGCCGCUGUCCUUGCUCUGAGUUGUGCCGGUGUCCUCGCUCUGGGCUGUGCGGGUGUGCUCGCCCUGGGUCAUGCGGGUGUCCCUGCCAUGGGCUGUGCCAGUGUCCCCACCCGGGGCCGUGCCGGUGUCCUUGCUUGGCUGUUCUGGUGCCCUUACUACCCAGAACAAAGCAUCACGCUCCAGUGCCAGGUCCAUCCACAAGUCUGUUUCUGGGGUGGGGGUGGGGAGGGAUCCCUCCACACCCACCGUCUUUGUGGCCCUGUUUCACGUCCUGUAGGCGGACGGUUCCGUGGGGGGUGAUGGCGGGGCACUGAGGUCUGUUCUGCUGCUGCGUGUGUGUUAAUGUCUGUGUCCCUUCUGGGUUACGCUUCCUGAAACCAUGUGGGGCUCACAUCACAGGAUCUCUGUGCCUUGGCUUCGUGCCUGCUGCAGCCCAGGUGGGCACAGGUGUGGUCGGCUUCCUCAGCGUGUCUUCCCUUCCUGCUGAGGAGGGUGGUGGAGGCGCCCAGGGUGGUAGCUCUUCUUCGGUCCAGUUCCGAGCCCUCUGCUUGGAUCCACCCUGGUCAGUCUGUGUGACCAGUCCCUGCAGUCACGGAACACGUCACCUACACGGCAGUCACGUGCACGUCACCUACACGGCAGUCACGGAGCACGUCACCUCCACGGUACACGGCAGUCACAGAGCGCGUCACCUACACGGCAGUCACGUGCACGUCACCUACACGGCAGUCACAGAGCACGUCACCUACACGGUACAUGGCAGUCACAGAGCAUGUCACCUACACGGCAGUCACGGAGCACGUCACCUACACGGCAGUCACGGAGCAUGUCACCUACACGGCACUCACGUGCACGUCACCUACACGGCAGUCACAGAGCACGUCACCUACACGGUACACGGCAGUUACAGAGCACGUCACCUACAUGGUAGUCACGGAGCACGCACUCGACAGCGUCUGCACAUGCUUGCGUUCUGUCGUGUUACCUCCAGGACGCUUUCCUUCCUUCCUUCCCCGUGUGACAUCCCGUAGUAUGUCCGUUGUGUUCUGUGCUACCCACUUGAUGGUCUGGGUGACUUUCUGCAGCUGCUCACUCCCUGCGAUACAUAGCUUACGUUGUACGUUACCCACUUUUUACCAGUGACGUUUACCCCGUCUGCUUACGUUCUGUGUUAUCUGAGCUGCGUGGUCUCUGUUCCACGAAAUCUAUGUGCUAUCCUACCUUACCUACCUUGCGGCAGGAAAGCUCUGAAAUCCUGUAUGCUCCCCACACCCCCGAUUGUGAAGAGAAAGCGUCAGCGGACCCUUGGUGCUUUGUGCUCUCCAGUCUGACGUGCAGAGCGGGAGGCUGGUGUGGACAGACCCCUUUGUUUCUAGCAUGAUUUCAGGGCGCAGGCAGCUGCUUUGGCUGCAUCUGGGCUCUCGGGGACCUUCAGAGAUGUGGGGCGAGCGCUGUAACAGACCUCACGUCUGUGCAGAGCGCCUCCUCUCCUCCCUCCCCGCCUCUGCUCCCAGAUCACUUCACUUCUCUGGAGAGCGCCUCUGUCGCCCCCACCCCCACCCCCAGAACUAGAGGCGCCCGUCCCCAGAUGUCUCCUCGCGGACCUGUUUACGUGCUCGUCCCGCUGGGCUGAGCCACCAGACAGGGUCACCGUGCAGCAAGCUGCGUCCAGGACUGCCACCGGCAGCCCGGCCACAACAGCUCCGGCCACAGUGACUCCCUCCUGCACAGCCAGGGGCCCGCUGGGAGGAGCGGCGCGCGGCCGCCUCCCCCACCCUGCAGCCAUGUGCCCUCCUCAGCCUGUGGAAUGCGCGCGGCCCAGGGCCGGCCCCCAGAGCGUCCGGCCGGCCACGGCCACGCAUGGAGCGCGCUGAGCCCAGCCGCCCAGACUGUCCUGCCGGGCGCAGCUGCCGCCCCGAGCCCUCCGGCCCCGGCCCGGCCCAGCCCCGAGAGCGAGAGCGCAGCGCCUGGCCUGGCCCCCGGCGGCCCAUGCGAGCUGACAUGCGGCUCAGGGAGCUGUCGCUGCGCCAGGACCCCGAUCUGAGGCAGGAGCUGGCCUCCCUGGCCCGCGGCUGUGACUUCGUGCUGCCCUCCCGCUUUAAGAAGAGGCUCAAGGCCUUCCAGCAGGUCCAGGUUCAGACGAAGAAGGAGGAGCCCCUGCCACCCGCCACCAGCCAAAGCAUUCCAACGUUCUACUUUCCUAGAGGCCGUCCAAAGGACACGGUGAACAUAGAUGCCGUCAUCACCAAGAUCGAGCGGACUUUCGCGCAGUUCCCGCACGAGAGAGCCACAAUGGAGGACAUGGGCCGAGUGGCCAAGGCCUGUGGCUGCCCGCUCUACUGGAAGGGGCCGCUGUUCUGCAGUGCCGGGGGAGAGCGCACGGGCUCCGUCUCUGUCCACAAGUUCGUCGCCAUGUGGAGAAAGGUUGUCCAGAACUGUCACGACGACGCUGCCAAGUUCGUCCACCUGCUCAUGAACCCCGGCUGUAACUAUCUGGUGCAAGAAGACUUCAUCCCCUUCGUGCAGGACGUGGUGAACACGCACCCGGGCUUAGCCUUCCUGAAGGAAGCGUCAGAGUUCCACUCUCGCUACAUCACCACCGUCCUACAGAGGAUCUUCUACUCCGUCAACAGGUCCUGGUCAGGGAGGAUCACGUGUGCAGAGCUCCGCAGGAGCACCUUCCUACAGAACGUGGCGCUGUUGGAAGAGGAAGCAGACAUCAAUCAGCUGACAGAGUAUUUCUCAUACGAGCACUUCUAUGUCAUUUACUGUAAAUUCUGGGAGCUGGACACGGACCACGACCUUCUCAUCGAUUCCCAGGACCUGGCCCGGCACAAUGACCACGCUAUAUCCACCAAGAUGAUUGAGAGGAUAUUCUCAGGGGCGGUGACAAGGGGCAGAAAAGUCCAGAAGGAAGGAAAAAUAAGCUAUGCUGACUUUGUCUGGUUUUUGAUCUCUGAAGAAGACAAAAAGACUCCAACCAGCAUCGAGUACUGGUUCCGCUGCAUGGACCUGGAUGGGGACGGGGCGCUGUCCAUGUUCGAACUGGAGUACUUCUACGAGGAGCAGUGCCGCCGGCUGGACAGCAUGGCCAUCGAGGCCCUGCCCUUCGAGGACUGCCUCUGCCAGAUGCUGGACCUCGUGAAGCCGCAGAGUGAAGGGAAGAUCACCCUCCAUGAUCUUAAGAAGUGUAAACUCGCCAACGUGUUCUUUGAUACCUUUUUCAACAUCGAGAAAUACCUCGACCACGAGCAGAAGGAACAGGUCUCCCUGCUCAGGGAGAGUGAGAGCGAAGGCCCUGAGCUCUCCGACUGGGAGAAGUACGCUGCCGAGGAGUACGACAUCCUGGUGGCCGAGGAGGCUGCGGGAGAGCCGUGGGAGGACGGGUGAGUGUGGGGACGGACGCAGAGAUGGCCGGGAGGACACGGGUGGUACGUGCACAGCAGGCGCCUCCUUUCCCACAUCCACCUGACCCUGAAAGGGCUCGGGCCGGAGACGGUACCUCGUGGGGGCUGUUCGCCCGCUUUCUUUGAGCGCCUGUGACAUUCGCGUGACCAGCGUGUGCAGCUGUGAGUAGGGAACCUCCGUGGGGAAGAGAACGUGGUGGUGGGUGUCCUGAAUCCUAAAUGUAACCCACACGUGGCCGGUGGCAGCCUGUGUACGAGCCCAGCCCAUUUGCCACCAGCGCUCCUCUCCCCUGUGGCUGACCGCGUGCAGGGCUGGGGGGGUGUCCCGCUCCCAGGGCUGUGGCCAGUCUCAGCCCCACUCCGCCCUCUGGGGCCUGGGCCUUCGGGAGUGUAAGCAGGCCUGUGUUCAAGGGCGGGGGGCUCAGGUGUCCGGUGUCCACACACACUCCUGACAGGCUCGGGUCACACGUGUGUUCCCCGUUCCCGUCAGAUCCCUUCCCUCACCGCCCCUCGGGCCACCCGGCACCCGGUCGGGGUCACACAGGGUCAGGCAUGUUUCCACGUGUGGUUUGCAGGGCAGGCGUGGAGCCCAUGGUAGGGAGUCCCCCCUCUACCCUUAGGCACAGGGCAUCCAUGCAGGCGCUCUUGGUUUGGUGGCCACAGGGCUGCCUGCUCGGGGGUCCUGACCCCACCCCCAAGAGGGUCUCAAAACCGGCAGGGGGCACUUCGUGCAUCCCCAGCCCUUCCACACUCAGGGUCUUGGCAGGUGCUGGCUGGUCUUCAGCCGGCAUCUGUGGUUUUCCUGGACAGCGUGGAAGUGGAACCUUGCCGUCCCUUCAGAGGCUCUGCUGGCACAACGUGUCGGCGAGCUGUGCCUGUCGGUGGGCGCAUCGGGGACUCCAUGUCCCAGCUGAGCGGGGUUCCGUGCUCUAGGUGACCACGCACCAGGCCGCGGACGUUCGGCGGCUUCCCCUCUGGUCUGGGCAGAGUGAACAGCGCUGCUGUGAACUAUUUCCCCGCUGGCCUGUGUGAACAUGGGUUCUCACUUCUCGGGGCUCACUGCCUGAGGCUGCGCGUCACGAGGGGACACCCGUUUACCUUCACCAGAACCCGCACAGCCACGUCCCACGUGGCCGCCCGGUCUGCGUCUGCGGCGGCAGCAGGUGAUGUUCUAGCUGCUCCACGUUCUUGCCCACGUGGUCUGCCGGGAGUCGUUUAUGUCCCAGCCCGUCUCAGGCACGCCACUGGGCGUGUCCCCUCCUGGCUGUGAGCGCUGCCGUCCUCGCAGGGCCUCCGUGGACCCCCAGGGGACGCGCCUUGUCUUUGCGGGUUCUCCACGUUGGAUUGUUCGGUUUCUCCCCGAGGCGUUAGGGUUCUUUAUAGCUCGUCCGUACGAGUUCUCUGUGGUCUGUGGUUUGUUGACUUGUCUGCAAAC